UACCUGUUUCCACGACAAUCAACCAAACAGUGAUGCCGACCACAACGACUGUGAAGCCUACAAAACAGAAACCAGUCACUACUCCAACACAACCUCAUAGAAUAUCACUUCCCACAUUGCCUUCACCGCUGAUAAUUCAAACAACACAACAACCUGAAGAAACAACAGAUAGUAAAGUUAAAACCACCACAGUGGAAGUCAAAGUUACAACUGAUAGAAGACGAUUAUACUGCCCUGCAGUUAAAGUGAGAGAUAUAGAUUGGCCGGAAACAUUAACUGGUUCUGGAAAUGUUAUUAAACAGUGUCCUUCUGGUACAACGGGUGAAGCAUCAUGGGAUUGCAAUGGUUCCCCAGCUGAAUGGACACCUGCAUCAGGUCCUGAUCUCAGUGCAUGCAAAUCACCUUGGGUGAAUUUCAUCACAGGACGGGUUGAUGACAUUGAAGACCCUGAUGACAUCAUUCAGAUUUCAGAAAUGCUAGUAACUGGAACAGAACCAGAUAAAAAACUUUAUGGUGGUGACGUCAAAGGUUGUAUUGAUGUCAUUGAUCAAUUACCGAUAGCAUUAGAGGAACAGUUGAAAGAUUUGAAUCAAGUGGAAAGACAAGAACUUGUUUCCAAUACUGCUGAUGGCAACCUUAUUACUGGUAGUAAUUUAUUGUCAAAUGAGCACAAUGAUGCUUGGUUGGAUUUAUCACCAAAAGAACAAACUCAGGAAGCAGCUAAACUGUUAAAUGGUAUGGAGACGAAUGGUUUCCUAGUAGCCAGGGAGUUGCCAGAAGGACAGGUCAAAACUAAAGUCACUGACAACAUAGUGAUGGAAGUCGCUGUUUCUAAAACAAGUAAUUUACCAGAUGAUGGCUCAGUGAUUUUUCCAGGGACGAAGGGAAUAGUGAAUUCUUCUGAUUCUAUUGUUCUAUCUGAUGUUAGUAUCAAAGCCAGAAGUACAAAUGGCUCUGCUAAAUUAGUCUUCUUGAUGUACAACAAUAUUGGUCAUUUCUUAGAAGGUAUUGAUGGAGUUGGCAAUGAUACAAACUCAUCCGUUAAGUUGAUAAAUUCACGCGUCAUUUCAGCAUCUCUCAACACUAUGCAUUCACAGUCUUUAGUUGAACCUGUCAUCAUCACAUUGGAGCAUAUUAAGAAUGACAGAAGAAAUCCUGUUUGUUCAUAUUGGAAUGCCUCUGGUGGUUCUGGUUCUUGGUCAAACUCUGGAUGUGAAACUGUUGAAAGUAAUGAAACCCAUACAAUAUGUUCCUGUAAUCACCUCACUAACUUUGCUGUACUUAUGGAUGUACAUGGAACUUUGUUACCUUUCAGUCACCACUUUGCAUUAUCUGUGAUUACCUACGCUGGAUUCAUGAUAUCAAUAAUAUGCCUCAUACUCUGCUUAAUGACGUUCUGUGGGUUCAAGAAUUUGCAGUGUGAUCGAAACACUAUUCACAAGAAUCUUUGUUUUUGUCUACUGGUGGCAGAAGUGUUGUUCAUGGCUGGUAUUGAUAAGACUGAAAAACUGAUUAAUCUUAUCUUUUUAAUAAUGGCUGGUGUAAUCAUGUGCCGACAUACAGUAUCCCCAGCCAAUAGGAACAAUGAUAAAAUAAACAAGUUAAG